AUGCAUAUUUGUACUCCUACCAGAAAUGUGCCAACAGCUUUAUAACAUGCAGUCUCUCAGCCUUCUCCAGUCGACCCUAGUGGAGCUGCCAGCAACCUUUCUCAACUCUGUAACUAAUGCCACUGUGUUGACUGCUGCCUCUGCUACCACACCUGGGAACAAAUCCCCAACAGGAUCAAGUCAAGACUGUGUUUCUGUUGGUACCAUCAAGUUGUGCAUUCCAGCUGCAAAUUUUUCUCAUAUAAUUAAUUCCGAUGAAACUGAAGAGGACUUUGGGUCAAGAUUAAGUGGACUGGUACAGAGUGCAUUAUUAGCCCAAAGUGUGGAUGUAAGAGUAUGCCAGUCUGCCACUGUGAUGGUGUCACAGCCACAGUCCUUUACAUCUCCAACACUCACAACACAGCUCACCACUGAACUCCCUCAGCUCUCCACUCACCUCACACCCACACUAUCAAGUGGUGUCAAGACUCAGUCAAUAGUUGUAGAAACUAUGGAGGAUCCAAUGUCGAUACACUUAUCAGGGGUAACCGGGACAGAGGUUAGGCAUGCCACACUCCUUGACCAAGGAGCUCUGGGUGGAGGAGUUAAGGAAGAAGAUAUCCUGAGUGACGGGGAGGUGAGUCACUCCCAGACAGGAUUAGCCAGCAGCCUCGACCCAUCCUCACCUGCUACAACCUCCCAGGUCAUCCUUAAUGAUCCCAUUCUUGCUGUGUCUGGAGAACCACUUGGUCAAGAAGAAGGCUUGCAGCAAGAAAAUGAUGACUCUGAUAUUACUUGCAGUGGACUGUCUGAAGAUUAGUUGGGUUUUAACUUAAUACAUAAAACAAUAAAAAAAGGGACUGAUGCUUUCUUACUUUGUCUUUUAUCAAUGUCUUAUUUAAAUGUAUUACAAUCAUUUUAUGCCCCAAUCAUCUGUGGUAAUGGCUAUUAAGUGUGUGGCUUUUCUAUGCAUUCUAUUAAAGUUUCUAGCUACAUUCAAGGGUGGCAGUACUGAACAGUACAGAAUUUUUCCUGUAGUUACUACGUACUUGAAAAAAGUAUUGUACCGUAAUUCCACAAUGUACCUGAAAAUACUUUUUGUACUGUACUAGUGUAGUAAAAUAUACCAUAAUUUG